AAUCAUUUUGUUAGUUUUGAACCAGCUUUUUAAUCUAAACAGGCAGGUCAUUUUUUCAUCCUCUCCUCUGGGGUGUUAGCUGAAUUUGAUAAGCAUCCCCUGCAUUCUUUCAUCCAAAUCAUUGAUAAAUAUGUUGACUAGCUCUGGGCCCAAGACACAACUCUGUCACUUCUCUCCAGGAUGAAGACCAUUGCUGAGCACCCUUUGGGUUCAGCCGGUCAACCAAUUACAAAUCCACCUAAUAGUUGCAUUGCCUAGCUGAUAUUUUACUAACUUCUUUGCAAGACUUGGGGGAACUUCACUCCUCCUCUGAUUCUGAACUCACCUAGAGAAUGGGAAAAGAGCCGGGCUGGUCUUUGAGCAUCUGCUGAGUCUCUUCAACUGGAAUGGGGUCCCCAGUCUUUUGCCUUGAAUGAGGAUCAGGCAACAGGAAAAAGAGCCUCUUUGUUUUGUAACGUGUCUGUGAGCACCCGUCAAUGAUGGAAAAACAAGACUUAUUUGUCCCUGAGUUAGGGAAAGGUCUUCCAUGUCUUUUAGAUGAAAGCAGUGGAGAAUAUGGCAGAGAAACUACACAGAAGAGCCUGACAGAAGAUAUGUCCCCUUCAGAGGUACAACAUGAGCAUUUUAAGCAGUUCUGCUACAAGGAAGCUGACAACCCCCGAGAGGUUUGCAGCCAACUCCAUGCUCUUUGCCAUCAGUGGCUGCAGCCAGAGAGACACACCAAAGCCCAGAUCCUGGACCUGGUGAUCCUUGAGCAGUUCCUGGCCGUCCUUCCCCCAGAGAUGGCAGCCUGGGUCAGGGAAUGUCGGGCAGAGACUAGUUCCCAGGCGGUAGCCCUGGCCGAAGGUUUCCUCCUGAGCCAGGCAGAGAAGAAGAAGGAAAAGCAGCAGGAGCUCAUUGUAGAAGAGGCUGGUGAUCUUCCUGUGGCAGAGAAGGCUCUCUCAGACUCUGGGAAAACAAUGCAGUCCAAGUGGAUGGUACAGCCAGAUGAAAGAAGCACGGCCAUAAUGGGUAAAGAAUCAGUGGGCAACGAAACACAGCCAUGGCCAAUAGAUCCCAGCUCCUCUCUUCCUUUUCACAGUCGGAGACCAGCUUCUGUGACCCUGGAUCAGGUGAGCUUUGAGGAAGUGGCUGUGUAUUUCAGUGAGGAGGAGUGGUGCUUUAUGGAUCCAAACCAAAGGGCCUUGCAUACGGAAGUCAUGGAGGAGAAUUUGGAGAUGGUGGCUUCCUUGGGUAAUGAUAUAAAUGGGAAUGCAGACGGAAGUGAAUGUUGUUGUCUUGUUUGUGGGAGAAGCUUCAGUUGUAAAUCGAACCUUAAUCUUCACAGGAGAACACACAUAGGAGAACAAUAUUUUAAAGAUGGAGACAGUAGUUAUAAGAAAAACCUUAUUUUUCAUGGAACUUCUCAAAUAACAGAGAAACCAUUUAAAUGUUGGAAAUGUGGCAAAAGUUUCAGGUGUAGGUCACACUUUAUGUCACACCAAAAACUGCACUAUGGGGAGAAAUCAUUAAUAGGUUUGGAGUGUAGAAAGAACCCAAGACAGAAGAUACACCAGUUUAACUAUGAAGCAGGACAUACAGGGAAGAAACUUUUGAAAUGCUUGGAAUAUGGCAAGCGGUUUGGUGGGGAGAUAAACUUCAUUCAUCAUCAAGAAUCAGAGAAGAAGUCAUUUAAAUGCUUGGAGUGUGGAAAGAAUUCAAUUCGAGGACAAGCCUUAUUCAUCAUCAAGAAACCACACAGGAGACAAGCCGUUUCCUUGCUCGCAAUAUGGAAAGCGGUUCCAUCAGAAGUCAUACUUAACUCGUCAUCAAUUAAGUCUUACUGGGGGAAAACCAUUUAAAUGCAAAGAAUGUGGAAGGAGUUUCAGUCAAAAGAGUACCCUUGGCA